CUUCCCUUUUUAAAAACGUACAUAGAUUGAUUUUAUAAUUAAUCAGAUCCUCAGAUUGGGAACUGCUCUGAUGUCUGGCAAUGUAAGCUCGUUAUUUCGCUAAAUCAUGCUUCCCUUUCUCGGCAGUCAAACAGAGCUGCGUGAUUGCGAAAGCUUGUCCAAAUCAUCUCCCGUUGGUCCGACAAGUUAUUUUUUAUUUUUUUACCCACCUUUCUUCCACAGAACAGUGAACCGUUCUGUUCAUCAUGUAUGAACUAUAGGUAUUAGAAGCAAAACCCUCCCUUUCGGCAACUGAUUCCAUUUUUAGUCAUGUUGUGACCUACAUGGUGUUACAAACCUGAAUCAAAUGACGUACAAUUGACCAACCCGGAAGUAACAGUUCUUGCACUUUCAGCCUGAAACUGCCUUUUAUCGAAGAUUACUUCCCGUUUUAACAAACUACGCUUUUUUCUCCUCCUCUCAGCAAGAGGAAGAAACACUCUUGGUUGCCUGAAUCCAGAGGUCUGCCAAAGCCCAGGAAGAAAAGGACCCCAAGACUGGGAAUCAACAAAUAAAGAAGCAAAGGUUGUAGAUGGCAGUUCAUACCUGGGGCAGCGUUCUGGUACCUUGCUGAAGUAGGCAAGUUGUGACUGGAUGCAGUUGACAUUAUUUGCAACCCACUCAUAACUGUACUCUUCCCUCUUGGUACCUUAACAUGGGGAAUCUUCUUAAGGUUUUGACAUGCACAGAUCUUGAGCAGGGGCCAAAUUUUUUCCUUGACUUUGAAAACGCACAGCCCACGGAAGCUGAAAGAGAAAUAUUUAAUCAGGUGAAUGUAGUGUUAAAGGAUGCAGAAGGAAUCCUGAAUGAUCUACAGUCGUACAGAGGGGCAGGACAUGAAAUAAGAGAGGCAAUACAACAUCCAAAUGAUGAAAAUUUACAAGAAAAAGCAUGGAGUGCAGUAUGUCCACUAGUAGGAAAACUAAAGAAGUUCUAUGAGUUUUCCCAGAGAUUGGAAGCAGCUUUGCAUGGCCUGUUGGGAGCACUGACUAGCACACCAUAUAGUCCCACACAGCACCUUGAGCGAGAGCAGGCUCUUGCCAAGCAAUUUGCUGAGAUCCUUCAUUUUACUCUACGAUUUGAUGAACUUAAGAUGACAAAUCCUGCGAUUCAGAAUGACUUCAGCUACUACAGGAGAACCUUAAGCCGUAUGAGGAUUAAUAAUGUCCCAGCAGAAGGAGAAAAUGAGGUAAAUAAUGAAUUGGCCAAUAGAAUGUCCCUGUUUUAUGCUGAAGCAACGCCAAUGUUGAAAACCUUGAGUGAUGCCACAACUAAGUUUGUUUCGGAUAACAAGUCUCUACCCAUAGAAAACACCACUGACUGCUUAAGCACUAUGGCGAGUGUAUGCAGAGUUAUGCUGGAGACGCCGGAAUACAGAAGCAGGUUUGCAAGUGAAGAAACGGUAUCAUUUUGUCUGAGGGUGAUGGUGGGUGUCAUCAUUCUUUAUGACCACGUGCAUCCCGUUGGGGCAUUUGCCAAAACAUCUAAAAUUGAUAUGAAAGGAUGCAUAAAAGUCCUAAAGGAUCAGCCUCCAAAUAGUGUAGAAGGCCUUCUGAAUGCUCUCAGGUACACCACCAAACAUUUGAAUGAUGAGACUACCUCUAAGCAAAUUAAGACAAUGUUGCAGUAAAGCAUAGCAAGAAACUGGCUACAGAAAACAGUAUUCUGCAAUGAUUGAGAUGCACAGAUAUGUUUUUAAUUGUUAAAGAAUGCAACUGCUUUUUCUUUGUUUUUUUAAAAUGUGUUCCUGCUCUUUAAAAAUUGCUAAAGUUAUUUUCUGUGCCAAAUUCUCUAAAAGGACAUAAACAGUGCAAAAAGUGUUUACUUUGUUUUGCGUUUGAUUGAAUGGAUGGUCAUGGAGCACAUUGGCAGCUACUAUUCCAAGUUGGGUGUCUUUGUAUGUGUAAGGAAAUUAAGUAACUUGGCCAAAAUGACAAAGAAAAUCUCUGUUCUGUUUCUACUGAUUAAUAUUUAAUACAGCUUCUGCAUGACAAGGUCUUUUCAUGCUAUGUAAAACAUCACGAAUGGUCAUUUCCUAUCACAGCUUCAUCAUGUGCAGCCAUUAAAAAUGAAAGAGAUGUUAAAUUAACUAUAAAUGUUUUAUUGUACAAAAAGGUACCUAGCACAACAGACUACAAGUUAUAGUACAAGUCUGUUUUGUUAAUACUUAACUUUGCAUUGACUCAUUUUGUACGAGUGUAAGUUUAACAUGCAUUAAACUAACUUUAAAACUGUGAUGUGUGCGUAACAGAUGCGGAUGCAUGUACAUGUAAAAUGGACAGCUAUUAGUCAAAUAAAAUGAGCUUUUGUUUUUCUAAAACCUG